AUGUCGAACAAAGGGCGAUCUACGCCGCGCGUCGUCUGCUGCGCCAUCCCGGUAGCGCGCGCCGCGAACAAGGUCCUCGUCAUCACCUCGCGCAAGCGCCAGCAGAACUGGGUCGUCCCCAAGGGCGGCUGGGAGCCCAAGGACGUUGAACUCGCACAAGCGGCCCUCCGAGAGGCCUGGGAAGAAGCCGGCGUCCGCGGCACCGUCUCGCGAUUCGUGACCACCGUCCAGUCGCCAGCGACGACAUAUCAUUUCUUCGAGCUCGACGUCGUCUCGCUCGACGCAGACUGGCCAGAAGCCAAGGAGCGCGCCCGCGAGUGGGUCGACUUUCCCGAGGCGCUCCGGCGCAUGGCCUGGAAGCAGGAGCUCGCACAGGGUCUCGCGCUAUGCUCACUCAACACCCAGCUCCCGCGCCGGUAG